AUGGCCGACAAGCGACAGCGCAAGCCUACCAAGAAGGUGUGCGAGUUCUUCUCAAAUGUCAAAAAGAUCAUCAAGCGAAAAGCAAGUCAAGAGCUCACCUCUGGAAAGUCUGGGAAACGUCCCACAGCUGUGGUGUCAGAUGCCAAAGACUCGGACUCUCCUUCAAUAGUUCCUAUGGAAGAAGAAGCUCUUCAUAGCGAUGAAGAUGUUGUGGAGGUCGUUCCUGAAGACGAGGAUGAAAGCUCGGAUAGUGAACUCGAGCGCUUGAAAAAAGAAUGGAACUCACCUAUUUAUGCAUUCUACCACCCGGUCCCGGACAUUGGUUAUCACGAAGGCCGCCGCUACCAUGAAUUCAAGUGCGCGGCUACGAGCUGCAAGAAAGGGGUGCGCCAUUACCUCAAUAAGAAGGACGCAAAGUCCACGAGUAACAUGCGGAAGCAUGCAAAGUUGUGCUGGGGCAAAGAGACCGUUAACAUGGCCGAUGAAACAAAGAAUGCUAAUGAGGCACAUACCAUAAUCUCCGGGGCAAAAAAUGGGUCUAUCAUGGCAUCAUUCGAACGCAAGGAGAAAGGCAAGGUCAUAUAUUCACACCGGCAACACACAAGAACCGAAACAAAGUUAAUGAUGGCAACAGAGCUGAGAUUGUCCGAUGGGUACCUGAGAGCCUGCGACCAUUCACCAUUGUAA